GUCAGCACACAGAGAUUCCGUUUUUUUCUUUCCGCUUUGGUGAAUGGAAACUGAGGGUUAGGGUUAGACGUAAACGUUGAAUUUAAUAUUUUUGUUAAAUAAUAAUGGACCAGGAGUUUAAGGAUAUGGAUUCUGUGGGUCAGUGGUCGAGUCUUUACAUGGAAAUUCGGAACCAAUCCCAGGACUGUCCGUUCAAAGUGGCUAAGUUUCCAGAGAAUCAAAACCGAAACAGAUACAGAGAUGUCAGCCCUUUUGACCACAGUCGUGUUAAACUACAAAAUGCAGAAAAUGAUUAUAUCAAUGCCAGUUUGGUUGUAAUGGAAGAAGCCCAAAGAAGCUACAUUUUAACACAGGGUCCACUUCGUAACACUUGUGACCAUUUCUGGUUGAUGAUAUGGGAGCAAAAGAGCAAAGCUGUUGUAAUGCUGAACAGAGUCAUAGAGAAAGGAUCAGAAAAAUGUGCACAGUACUGGCCAACAAGCGAAGAUCAUGAAAUGUUUUUUUCGGACACAGGAUUUCGUGUAACGCUGAUGUCUGAAGAUGUUAAAUCUUACUACACAGUACGAGUACUGGGGUUGGAAAAUAUGAGUACUGGAGAAACCCGAGAGAUAUAUCACUUUCAUUAUACCACUUGGCCAGAUUUCGGAGUACCAGAAUCUCCUGCUUCAUUCCUUAAUUUUCUGUUUAAAGUCAGGGAGACUGGCUGUCUCAGUUCAGAGCAUGGGCCUGCUGUGGUUCACUGCAGUGCUGGAAUUGGACGCUCUGGGACAUUCUCACUGGUAGACACUUGUAUUCUUUUGAUGGACAAGAGGAAAGAUCCUUCCUUUGUGAACAUAAAGAAGGUAUUACUUGAUAUGAGAAAAUACAGAAUGGGACUUAUCCAGACACCAGAUCAACUUAGAUUCUCAUACAUGGCAGUAACAGAAGGCGCAAAGUACAUAAUGGGAGAUUCCUCUGUACAGAAGCAGUGGAAAGAGCUUUCAAAAGAAGACCAAGAACCCAUCUCCUAUUCUGCCCCCUCUCAACCUCCCAAAAACACAACUGAGAAGUUCAACGGGAACAGCAUGCCUCAUUUAGAGGAAGACGAUCCUGAAGUUAAAAGACUAACUACAACACACAUAUCCAGGAAAGUGCAGGAUAAUAUUGAUGGGAACACAGAAAGUGUUCGCAAACGACGACACAGAGAAGACAGGAUCUCAAGCACUGCACAGAAGGUUCUGCAAAUGAAACAGAAGUUAAGUGAAGCAGAGAGAAAAAGAAAAAGGUGGUUAUAUUGGAAACCUAUACUCAUUAAAGUUGGGGCAGCUACUGUACUUGCUAUUGGAAUAUAUGUUUCUUGGAGAGUAUAUGUCCAAUGAAAGUUGGUAUUUUAAUUAUACAGUAAGGUGUGUUUCUUUGCACCUGAUGUGACACACUUUUGUUUAUUGUCAAUGCAGUUGCAUUGGGUCACAUUUCUUAAGGUCAAAAAAGAAAUGCACUAGAUCAGAUUUUGGGGGAAAUGAAUAAUGCUAUCACAAUGUAAUAUCUCAGGGUAUUUUGGCUGCAGGUACGAUUGGUGCCAAAUAAAAGUAUUAUAGACUUUGAAGUGAUUUCUACUAAAUGUUUAGGUCCAUGCGUGUGCUUUUGAUCUUUUUGUACUUGUUUCCUAAUUUGUAUUAUUUUAACAUUACCUUGAUCUGCACAUUUGCAGGAU